AUGAUGAUGCUUCGUCUCCGCGUUGCGCCGUCGGCGCUGCGCCUGCCCAAGGCCGCGCUCCACGCGCCCGCCCGCUUCUUUAGCGCUGCGCCCGAAGAGAAGAAGUUCGAGCUCGUGUACGAAGCGCCGCUCAUCAAGCCCGUGACGACCAUGAAGGCCGUGUCCGUCACGUCCUGCGUGCUCACGAGCGUGGGCAUGCCCCUUGGCUGCUACUACGGCAACGUCACGGCGUCGCUUGUUGGCCAGUGGGCCAUGUGCGGCACCGUCAUGUUCUUUGGCAUUGGCACGACGUCGCUCUUCCACUACCUCUUCAAGCCGUACGUGCUGCGCAUGUGGGUCGACCGCAGCUCCGAGACGGUCGCGGUCGAGACGCUCAACCUCCUCGCGCGCAAGAAGCGGACCGAGUUCGUCCUUGCCGACGUCGCUUCGCCCGACGUGUCGAACCACCCAAUGGUCAACUUCAAGGCCAAGGACCAGCACUACUUCAUCCACCCCGAAGUCUUUCAGGACCGCGCGCUCGCUGAACGCCUCUUGGGCAAGAAGAUCGAAGACGCGCCAGAGGACCCGCCCCAAGCGGCCUAGAUAGGAGAUGACGACGUCCCAUUUUGGUGUAUACAGAG